AUGGGUCACUCAAUGCUUCAAGCCUGCCAGGAGCGGGCGAAAGACUUAGUCCAAAAAGCACAAUCCCUUCCAAUAUUCCAGGACCUUCUUCAUAAUCCCAAAGUUCUCGUCUACGCUACACUAUUAUUAUGUUUGUCUGCGUGGUCACUCACCCGUGUUUUGAGGUUUCUCACCAGGUCAAUUGAAGAGGACAGACCUAGUACACCAACGCUUGAGAAAGCAAAUGUACGGUCAUUUAAAUCUCCUGAAAGAAAACCUGGAGUUUGGGAACCUGUUGAGUUCCGACGACCUUACGCAAGACCAGCACCGGACUGGAACGUUCAUACUACAAGGCCAAAUCCCUACCGCCCAUUUAGACAUGGACCGUAUCAUAUUACCAUGGGACUGAGGAACAUGCCGUGGGAUGAAUGGAUAGAACUGGACAACCACUACCCCAAAUACCACGCCGACAAAGCAAAACGCAUCCUCGAACGCGGUUCAAAAUGCAGCUACACCUCACCCGAAGCCUUCGACGGCGCCAUCGAGCUCCUCGAAGAACUAUGUUCCUACCUCCCUGAACGCUACCCCUCCCUCUACCAACGCACGCCCGUCGGCCUCAACAACCUCCUCACCGGCGAAAAGUUCAACAUCAUCGAACGUCCCUUGGUCGAAGACCCUAUGCAAAUGGCCGCCCGCCUAGUCCAAGACGAUCUAGCCAUCAUGUUCGAAAAAGAAGACGGCCAGUACUAUCUCCUCGCCGGCUCCAUCCUGCUCGCGGGUUUUUGGCGGCUGGAAGAUAAAUUGGGUAUGCCGUUGAGUGAAAUCCAUACUUCGGGCGAUGUGCCGGGGUAUAAACAAAAACUCGAGAAAGGGAUGAUGAAUUUUUUUCGGAGGGUGCAGCCGAAUGGACCUGUUCAACGUAACAACUACUUCCUCCAAGUCGACGACUCCCUCCCCUGGUCCUCGUCCAUCGGCCCCGAAGACGGCGAAGCAGGCACACUAGGCUGGUUUUCCGCCGAAAAGAACCGCGCGAUCAACCACCAUUAUUUCCGGUCCGAACGCCAGACUCUGAGACGCCUACCGCGUAGUGGAGGUGUAGUGUUUACGAUCCGCACGUACUUUCAUCCUAUCACAGAGAUUGCGGAGGAGCCUGGGGUGCCUGGACGGCUGGCGAGUGCGGUUAGGAGUUGGGGGGAUGAUGUUGCGAGGUAUAAGGGGAGGGAGAUGUAUGGUGAUGUGUUGUUGGAGUAUUUGGAUGGGAAGCAUGGGGAGCAGGUUGAGAAGGGGAUUGUUAAGGAAGGGGGUGAGGAGGAGGGGAAGUAUCCUUAUUAG